AUGGCUUAUGAUGCACGCGGCGAUCAUGGCCAUGGCGGCGGUGGUGGUGGUGGUGGUGGCCACGAAGGCAGCUUCAUGAGGGCCAGAGGUCGUCGUAUGUUUCCUGUUUCCCACAUCCACUUCUGCUUCCCUUUACCACAGUAUUUCAUUCCUCGAUCGCUCAUCAUAGCCAUCGUCGUCGUCAUCAUCAAAUGCCCUGUCACUGAUUACGGCUCAACGCUCAGCCACUGGGUCCAAAAUCGGGCUCUGAAGCCAAAUGGCUCGUAUUUCGGGGAGCGCGAGAGGCCUAGCCCAAGCUACAUUGUUGAUCUCGAACCACCCGCCGCGAGACCCGCUAGAGCGGCUGCCUCAAUUCCAGCGAAGCACCUUCACACCUCGUUGAACAAAGUCAAACAUCCCGUCAAUGUUGUCCGAUGGACACCCGAGGGCAGAAGGCUCCUCACGGCCUCGAGCAGCGGCGAGUUCACCUUGUGGAAUGGUACGGGUUUCAACUUUGAGACCAUCAUGCAAGCUCAUGACUCUGCUAUCCGCGCUCUCUGCUACUCCCACAACGAUGACUGGCUUGUGUCUGGAGACCACGACGGUAUCGUCAAAUACUGGCAGCCCAACUUUAAUAACCUUGAAAGCAUCACCGCCCAUAGCGAUCCCGUCCGUGAUAUCGCCUUCAGUCCCGCCGACAACAAAUUUGUAACGGCCAGCGAUGAUUCUACUCUGAAGAUUUUCGACUUUGCCGGCGGUGUCGAGGAGAGUGUGCUCAAGAGCCACGGUUGGGACGUCAAGAGCUGUGAUUGGCACCCGACGAAGGGCCUCCUCGUCUCUGGAUCGAAGGACCAUCUCGUGAAGCUUUGGGACCCCAGAAAUGCCCGCUGCUUGACAACCCUCCACGGCCACAAGAAUACCAUUACGAAGACAUUAUUCGAGCGCAUUCGAGGCUUCUGUCUUGCCACAUCGGCAAGGGACCAGACCGCUCGCGUGUUUGAUCUGAGAAUGAUGCGAGACAUCUGCCUCCUAAAGGGACACGAGAAGGAUAUUUCCACCCUGACCUGGCACCCAAUCCAUCCCAACUUCCUGAGCACUGGCGGCCACGAUGGCUCGCUUUUCCACUACCUUCUUGACGAACCCAAUCCGCCCCCUGGGCACCCCAUGACAGUGGCCCCUUAUGACAGCGCCGAUCCCGAGUCUUGCCCUGCGCAGACUAUCUAUCCCGCCCACAAAGUGUCAUAUGCUCACGAUUUCGCCAUCUGGUCCUUGGAUUGGCAUCCCUUGGGUCAUAUUCUUGCCUCUGGAUCCAACGACCGUCUCACCCGCUUCUGGUCCCGUCCCAGACCCGGAGACACCGAUUUCUUUCAAGAUAAAUACCACAUUGGAGAAGCCGCUGCUGUCGCGCAAGGAACAUGGGAUCGUCGUGGCGGUCGCCAACAGCGCCAAGAGGAGGAGGAGCGCGAGAUCGAAGAUGAGAUGGAGGGCCUUGUCGACCAGAAGAUGCCCAUCAAGCAGCAAGCUCCUUCGUUCCCUGGCAUUCCCGGCCUUCCUCUCCACGGCUCCACGCCAUCGACUUCUAUGCCCAUCCCACCCCCUAUGAUACCCGGCGUUGUUCCGCCUCCUCCCAUCCCCCUUCCCGGACUCGGUGGAGCACCCCCUCCUCCCCUGCCAGCCGGUCUCGCUGGCCUUGAUCCCAGCAAUCCAGCUGAUAUCUCUAAGAUCGCUGAGAUUAUGCAGAAGGCGGGUGUACAGCUUCCACCUCCCCCCCUUCCGGGCCUUUUGCCCCCUGGCAUGCUCCCUCCUCCCGGUUUCCCUAUUCCUCCUCCACCUCCGCCGCCCAGUUCGACGCCUAUGGACCUAGACGCCAACGACGCGAAUCGGAGGAGGGCUCCCUUGCCUAGUCAGGAGGAGAGCCUACGUAUGGAGCAGGUUCGCGGAAACUAUACGAGGGCGCGAUAA